UCUCUCAGCCUCACAGUUCGUGGGAACCCGGUAGUGAAACGAGGUCUCAUUCUUCAAUCAUGGGUCGUGAGCACACAAUUGGGUUGGUAUUGGUCCUUCUCGUCACUUUGGGAGCUUAUCAAGGAGUUUCAAGUCAAGGGGUUGAAAUACCGGCUAAAGAUAAUGAGCAGAAGGAACUCCAGCUCACGAAUGUCAAUCUCGUAAGCGACAAAGCAGUUUCAAAGAAGUCAGACGAGAAGGUGGCCGAACCAAUCAAAGGAUGGAAUUCAAUGCCGGAGACAAAUUGGAAGCCUAGUAAUGGGAACGAGGAACUCAAACGCCAAGCUGAAGAUCAUGAAGCUUCCGUCAAUCAGACAUCCAAGAGACACAAACUCUCCGUCGAUCGUCCAAAGAUAGAAGACACCUUCGAUGCCACCAUUUCCAUUGCAGACAGGCCUGAAUGUCAGAGCGAUCUGGAAGCGUCCCAAGCCUGCAAGGAGAUUUUGCGAUCCAAUUCAAAUUAUCGCAAGAACACUUUGGCCUUGAUCUCAUGCCUACUCAGUCCCGAUAAUGAAGCUGAAUCUCAAGGGUCCGAGCCCAGAACUCUCAAGAUUUCCAACGCGUGCGAAAAUAUGGUUUGGAAAUACGAGGUGGCUCUCACUCAAAAUAAGGCCAUCACCAAUAAGAUACGAUCGGCCUGUAAAGAAAACGAGAAGGAUCUGCAGCCGUGUUUGUCGGUGAAUGCCACGGAUACUCCUGCUAAUCAAGGCCACAUUCUUGGAUGCAUAAUGGCGAGGAAGGAUGAUCCCUUGAUUCAUUGGGUUGAGUCAUGCAAAGCUGUCAUUAACCAAGUCGAGGCCUUGGUCUUCAGUGACUAUCAUCUGAUUGGCGGGUUCGUCGAGAAAUGUGGGGCUGACAUUGAUCGAUUAGAAUGCGGUCGAGUUCUACAAGAAGAAGAGUCCUACCAUUCUCAGGGCGACGUUUUGGCAUGUUUGAGUGCCAGCCCAAAGAAGUUGUCUCCUGUUUGCAAAAAAGAAAUCUUCGCCAUUGCUGAGUAUCAGAGCGAGGAUUAUCAUCUGGAUCGGCGUCUUUUCUUGGCUUGUCAAAAAAACCGGCGAGAAAUCUGUUCCGAUGUCAGAUCUGGCAAUGGAGAGAUCUACAAGUGCCUGAUGAAAAAGAAAUUUGAUCCAAAAAUGACCAAGAGCUGUCAAAGGCAGCUAACCCGGAGGCAAAAAUUGAUAGCCUUGGACUUUAAAGCGAGCAAGGGAAUUUACAAAUCAUGCAAGAAAGAAGUAAAAGAGAACCGUUGUUUUGAAGACCUCUCCUCGAAUGUGCCUCAAAUCCAAUUAUCUGAAGUAUUGAUUUGCUUGGAGAAUGUGGCGAAUGAUAAGAAAGAUGCAAUUUCCCCACUUUGCCUGUCGGAAGUGGAAACCCAUCGAAAAAUGAUCAUGGAGGAUUAUCGGAUCUCUCCAGAGAUCAUGUUAUCAUGCAAAGAUGACAUUCAGACGUCGUGUGCGGAUGAAGGACCUGGAGGAAACACGAUCCAUUGCUUGAUGAAAAACGCUGCCCAUAGAGAACUUCAAAGCCAGGAUUGCCUUCGGGCGGUCCAAAUGCUAAUGAAAGCGUCCAAUGUAGGGUCCAAUUGGAAAGUGGAUCCUGUCCUCCGGAAGAAUUGUCAGGACGUAGUCAAUAGCGGCUGCAGUCAGGAGAAUAGCAAUGGAGCGGUGGUGAGUUGCUUAAUGACCUUGGCCGGGGAAAACUCCCGUCACAUGACUCAAGAAUGUAUGGGUACACUCAUGGAAGUACAAUAUUUUCUGGCCCGAGAUUUCUCCUUGACCCCCAAAUUGUACUCGAAGUGCCUCUCAGACGCCAAGAAAUUAUGCUUUGCUGAUGAAAAUUGGGGUUUCAAAGCCAAUAGAAAUGAUGUUGACGAACUAGACGAUCGGAAACUGAUUUUCCCCUGCCUGGUUAGGCAUUUGUAUCCUGAAGACGUGGAGCUUGAAAAAGAUGAAGUUGAACUCACAGAUGCAUGCGCUGAUCAAGUGGUCAAAGUCUUAGAGCAACGUGCCAUUUCGGUGAACCUUCAUCCAGAAAUCGAGGAGAACUGCCGCGGUCACUUGGUUUACCUAUGCAAUAACAAAACUCAAGAUGGAGCAGAAUUUCACUGUCUGCAGGAAAACUUCCAAUCACUGGACGAAGAAUGUCAAGAGUCGGUUCGAACGAAUACCAAGAUCCAGGCUAAGAACACUCGUCUCAACGCGCCCGUCAUGAUUUCUUGCCAUGAGGUCAUUGAAGCAAAAUGCAAAGAUGACCUUAAGCGGAAUGAUAACGGCUAUGUGAUGCGUUGUCUGAUCAGAUAUAAACUGGAACAUGAGGAUGAGCAAUCAAGUUUGAUGACCCGGAAAUGUUCUGUAAUGGUGGAGCAUUGGCAGAUCUUGACCAUGAAGGAUUGGCAUUUCUCCACUAAAUUCAAGAAUCAUUGUCAGGAGAGUGUGAAUCUGCAUUGUCAGCCGGUUCCCCAAAGCAAGUUGGAAGUACUCAGAUGUUUGAGCAACAUUAUUCAACAAGAUUUCAUCACCAACUCGGUGCCCCGAAUUCCCAAAGCGUGCAGGAUGGAACUGAAAUUCAAUCUCCUUCAGAAGCACUCGGACAUCAAAUUGAAUCCAAACUUGGCUAAAAACUGUUACGAGGAAUUGGGCACUGUCUGCGAAAACGACCGAACCUUGGAGUGUCUGAAGAGUCAGCCUCAUGAAGAUCUGACUCCAUCUUGUCGUCAAGUGGUUUUCAGGCAGGAAAAGGAAGAGGUUAUGAUGAAUAGUUUAGACCACACCUUGACCAAAGUGUGUGGUAACGAGAUCAAAACUCAUUGCUCGGAGACGAAUGGCGAACCCAACGCAAUACUCAACUGCUUGAAAGAAAAUCAAAGCUCCCUCAACUUUGAUCGGGCUUGUCGUGGAUUGGUCAUUCAACGUAUUGUUCAACAAAUGAAAGACUACCGAUUGAAUCCUCGGCUUCAACAAGCGUGUGCUAGGGAUCUUCCAGACCAUUGUGCUCACGUCAUGUUGGUGGAAGAAAAGAAAAUGGCAGACGAUUUCAUGGAAGGCAAAGUCAUCGAGUGUCUGAAAGAUCGCUUGAGAAGCCAACGGGACACGUUGACAGUGCCAUGUCAAAAGGAAGUCAAAAACCUCAUGAGGCAAUCAUCGGUGGACAUUCGGGCAAAACCUUUGAUUAUGCAGAAAUGUCCCUUGAGCGUUCAAAUCUGCCAUCAAAAACUUGGGUCUAACAAUGACGUUGCCGACGAGGACGGACAAAUUGAAGAAUGUUUGAAAACGUUAUUCAUUGAGAGAAAAGUCACCCAGAACGGAGACUCGAGAGAAUGCAUGCAAGAACUGGCCAAGACUAUCGAGGACGAACGACAAGACAUUAACAUGGACACGGCUCUUCACCGCAGAUGUGGCGUGGACGCAGCCAAGUUUUGCCACGAUGUCUCUACCUCCGAUCUUGGACAAAAGAUCAGUUGCCUGAAGAACGCCUUUGAGAAUCCAAAGUUGAAGUUGGAACCCAGCUGUGCGCGGAUUAUGGAAGAACGUAUCAAGAUGUAUAAUCUGGCCAUGGAGAUCGUUCCCCUUCAGAGUGUAAGCCAAUUGCUGGAACAUGUGAGCAAUUCCCCUAGUCGGAACCACUUCUUCUUAGUGGGGUUGCUUUUGGUGGGAAUCAUCUUCUUGGUUGGAAUUAUGUGCGGGCGCACUACCCGAAGACUUCGACAAGAGUUGAAAUCCAAGUAAAGAUGCCCAAGCGAUCCCACUGAGUCUUGUGAUAGAAGUGAAUUUUGUCCCUGCAAAGCCGAGGAAUUGUUUUUUUUUGGGCUGCAAUUGUGAUAUGAUUUUUUUCAUGUCUGUUUUAACUAAAAGUAAAUGAAUGAUCUACUUA